AUGCGUUUUUCCGCUUCAGUUGCCCUACUAGGCCUUGCCUUGCCGCCGGCUUUGGCUCUUUGCCCAUAUGCAGAGCAGAUGAGCCUUGAAAAGAAGAGCACGCCUCCGCCUCAUAUGCACACACCGCGCAAGGCGCCGUCCGACAAGAAAGGCAUAUUUUAUAUGAACCGCAUUGCUCCCGGGACCUCAGAACUGUAUGUUGCCAAUGCUGAUGGCACCGAUGAACGUCCUCUUCUCUCCAACCCUAUUUACGAAUACCAUCCCACCUUUUCCCCCGAUGGAGAAUGGAUUACUUUUACUGGAGAACGGAACGGUGACGGUAAUUCGGAUAUCUACCGCGUCCGGACGGACGGGUCUGACCUUGAGGAGUUGGUAGCAACCUCCUCGGUGGAAGAUGGAGUUGUCAUGUCUCCGAAUGGAAAGCAAAUCGCCUAUGUAUCCACUGCCAAUGGCUACAAGGCCAACAUCUGGGUCAUGGAUCUGGAGAGUGGCAAGAAAUGGAACCUCACAGAUACCGCCUCGACUGCCGCGAAUAAUUCUCUUCCAAAUGGUUACUUCCGCCCUUCGUGGUCUCCCGACGGCCAAUGGAUUGCUUUCUCGUCGGACCGUAACUCGGGCUGGUACGGACACGGAGACCCCAUCCUUCGUGGUGUGACCGGCUGGGAACAUACACAAGAGCUGUCCAUCUACGCUAUCCGCCCCGAUGGAUCUGAUUUCCGUCGUGUCGUGUCGAAGUCCGGUUACUGUCUUGGUUCGCCUAAGUGGUCGCCUAAUAGCGAGCGUAUUCUCUUCUACGAGAUGACUCGUGAGAAUACCUGGAAUGCUCACCGUCCUGAGUCACUCAACUCCGCCAACUCCACCCUUGUCUCAGUGGAGUUUGCCACAGGCGCUGACCGUCGUGUGGAAGUUGAAGGAGCGGGCGUGAAAAUCUUCCCUCAAUAUAUCUCCGACAGCACUGUCGCCUACUUCACCAAGGGUGCCGGUGCCGAAGGAUUCCACACCACUGCCGGUGGAUUUGUGAACACCUCUAGUGAGGUGAUCCGCUCUCCUGCCUGGUCUACAGACGGCAAGAAGGUCGUCUAUGAAAAGACCGCCUGGACUAUCCGUCCUAUGGACAAAAACCUGUACAGCUGGGACUCGGAGUGGGAAUACCGCUUUACAGACGUCUUCCCACAGCUGUCCAACACCAACGAUAUCGCCAUGACCGAAAAACAGCUUGGGAACUCUUCCGUUGUUUCCUUAAACGCCAAUGGAACCAACGAGGGCCUAGUCUACAACGUCAUGGAAUCCGACUUCAUUGAUGCAAAGUCAGUCGCCAUGGGCACCGCAGGCGCCUUCAACCCGGCCUGGUCACCCGAUGGCAAUUGGGUCACCUUCGGAGUAGGUUUCUGGUUCCAAAGCCGUGCAACCGGCGGCGGCUGGCUUGUACGAGCCACUGCCAAUGGCACGUACUCCGAAGUCCUGACCGACAGCAACACAACCCUCACCAGCAACAGCAGCGUGAUCAACUCCGGCUUCCCCAGCUUCUCGCACGACGGCAAAAAGAUCGUCUUCCGUGUUUGGGGAACAAACUCGACUCAGGGCGAUAAAUCCCAGCUCGGACUACGUGUUCUGGAUCUGGAAACUCGCAAGACCUCCGUCUUGAGUACCGAGUGGGAUAACCUGCCUUCAUUCUCUCCCGACGGAAAGAGAAUUGUCUUCACACGCAAGACCAGUGAUUACAACUACGAUAUCUGCACUAUGCGUGCUGAUGGAACGGAUAUCAAGGUUCUCACUAGCAGUGGUGCCAAUGAUGCUCAUGCCGUCUGGACUUGGGAUGGUCGCAUUGCCUACUCUUCUGGCAUGUUCGGCUUCCAGUAUGAGUGUGCUCUCUAUGAUCAGACUUUCCAGCCUUAUGGUCAGGUCGUCGUUAUGAAUGCUGAUGGCUCAAAUAAGCGUGUGCUUACAGAUUCUAUCUGGGAAGAUUCGAUGCCUCUAUACGUGCCGAACAGUGCCCUCAAGGCUGACGCCAAGGUUCACAGAUAG